AAUUUACAAGGCAGAUUAAUAAAAAUAUGAAGAACUUGGAAAAUGUUAAUGAUGAGGCUGAUAAAAUUGAAAAAGUGAUUAAAAAAAGAUUGAGUUAAAUAUGGUAAAUUAAUUAUAUUAAUAUUUAACAAGGAUUCUAGUCAUAAUCAAUAUAUUAGGAUCUUUUGUCAGUUUUGUGUAAAAUAUCUAUUUUGUUUUGAUGAAUGAAAUAUUGAGAAAUCAACCUGAAAGAUAUACAUGUUAUUACAUUAAAGUAAAUCGAUAUCAAGACAUUAGAUAGAAGAUGAUGCUACUUUGACAAACAUUAUUAAUACAGCUUUAGAACUUUCAGAAAAGAUGUUAUCAUUUUUUCUACCUUAUUAUGCUGCUUUGAUAAUUUUUUGGCCUAAGAAAUCCUUAAAUUAACCUUCCAAUGGCAGACAAGAUAGCACAGAUAUAAUAGUUGAAACCUAUGUAAUUCACACUCCAGAAUAUUCUGAUUAAUCUUCAAGUAGAGAGUGAUAUCAAAUCUCCUUAUUUACAUUAUUAAAAAACAAGUUUUUUAGAAAUAUUAGAAUGCAG